AUGUAUAUGUGUAACAUCAGACGUAAAAACAAGUCACCUCUUCAAUACCAUUUUAAAAGCCCCUUAGCAAAUUUAAAACCGUAUUUGCAGGUUGUGCCUGUCUUUACAGAUGCUCUAGUACCUCUUUGUAACCUGUGGAGAAAGACAGAACUGCCCAUGUUUUCCAAGGAUGGUGACAUUAUUAUUGGAGGUAUUUUUUCUUUACAUGACAGUCCAACAGAUCCCAGCCUCACAUAUACAACUAUGCCUGAGGUAUCAAAAUGUAAAGGGCUGAAUUUCAGGGAACUUCAAUUUGCUCAAACAAUGAUUUUUACAAUUGAUGAAAUAAAUAAGAGCACAGAUAUACUGCCAGAUGUCAUUUUGGGCUAUAAAAUUUAUGAUGCAUGCAGAGAUGUCCAUUUGUCAUUACGAUCAGCACUGGCAUUACUAAGUGGGGACGACAACAGUUUGCUCCAGAAUUAUUCAUGUGCCAAGACUUCAAUAGUGCCUGCCAUUAUAGGUCCUUCUACUUCGUCACCAUCAAUGGCAACUGCCACCACUCUGGGCCCUUUCAGCAUACCGGUGAUCAGCCACGGUGCCAGCUGCUCAUGUCUCAGCAACAAAAAGCUCUUUCCUUAUUUCUUCAGAACGGCCCCAAGUGAUUACCACCAGAGUGUUGCCAUGGCACAGCUUGCAAAGUAUUUUGGUUGGACAUGGGUAGGGGCAAUAAGAAAUGAUGAUGACUAUGGAAACUAUGGCAUGGCCACAUUUGUGGAAAUUGCACAGAAAGAGGGUAUUUGUGUUGAAUAUUCUGAGGCUAUCCACAGAACAUACCCAAGAGAAAAAAUUCUCAGAGUGGUUGACAUUAUCAAGCUCUCCUCGUCAAAAGUCAUCAUAGCAUUUUUGACAGUUAAUGUAUUUGAAAUACUGCUCAAGGAGAUAUUCUUACAAAAUGUCACAGGCUUUCAGUGGAUUGGCACAGAGUCUUGGAUCUCGACUAAAAAUCCUGCCAUGCUACAGUAUUACAAAAUAAUGAAUGGAGCAAUUGGAUUGUCAGUCAGCACUGCAGUCAUACCAGGUUUGAAGGAGUUCUUGAUCAGCGUCCAUCCUUCUCCACUUCCUGGAAACUCUGGCCUGAAUGAGUAUUGGGAAUAUCUGUUUAACUGUACUCUUUACUUAAAAAAUGUUGAAACAAGCAAUGCUGUUUGCACUGGGCAGGAACCAUUAAGUAAAAUAAAUAAUCAGUACACAGAUGUAUCAAACAUUGGAUACACCAAUAAUGUCUAUAAAGCUACAUACGCUGUGGCUUAUUCACUACACAACCUGCUAGGAUGCAACCAUAUCGAAAGCAUGAACAUAUGCAUUAAUAAAUCCAAUAAAGGACCACUGCAGCUGGCUCAUUAUAUGAAAAUUAUAAAUUUUACAACAAACAGUGGAGAAAACUUUUAUUUUGAUUACAAUGGCGACCCUGCAGCAAAAGGAAAGACAUAUGACAUAGUAAACUGGCAGCUAAAUAUAGAGGGUAACAUUGAAUUUGCGACAGUUGGUGCCUACUAUGCAUUUUCAUCGGAACAACAAUUUAAAGUUAAUUAUGAAAAUAUUGUUUUUGCUGGCACAGGAAAUAAGGUGCCCAGGUCAGUUUGCAGUGAAAGCUGCCAGCCUGGAACCAGGAAAGCCAUGCAGAAAGGAAGACCAGUCUGCUGCUAUGACUGUAUAAUAUGUGCCGAAGGGGAAAUUAGCAACAUAACAGAUUCUUCAGAUUGCAUAAAAUGUCCCAUUGAAUACAAGCCAAACAAACGAAAAGAUGAAUGUGUCUUAAAGGAGAUAGAAUAUUUAUCAUUUCAAGAAAUUAUGGGAAUCCUGCUGGUCACUCUAUCAGCUUUGGGAGCCUUGUUAACACUUUCAAUAUGUUUAGUUUUUUAUCAACACAGGGAGACACCUAUUGUUCGAGCAAAUAAUUCUGAACUGAGUUUUCUUCUUCUCUUUUCAUUAACUCUUUGUUUUCUUUGUUCCCUCACAUUCAUUGGCCAGCCCUCUGACUGGUCAUGUAUGUUACGCCACACUGCUUUUGGUAUUGCAUUUGUCAUGUGCAUCUCCUGUGUGCUUGGGAAGACUAUUGUAGUGCUUAUGGCAUUCAGGUCUACACUGCCUGGUAGUAAUGUCAUGAAAUGGUUUGGAGUCACUCAGCAGAGACUAAGUGUUUGUAGUUUUACACUUAUACAGGUGAUUAUAUGCUUUCUUUGGUUAUUGACUUCACCUCCAUUCCCCAGUAAAAAUAUGAAACAUUACACAGAGAUAAUAAUACUAGAAUGUGACCUCGGAUCUACAGCUGCAUUUUCUGCAGUUUUGGGCUACAUAGGAUUGCUUGCUUUAUUUUGCUUUGUUUUGGCAUUUCUGGCUCGUAAACUGCCAGACAACUUUAAUGAAGCAAAAUUUAUCACAUUCAGCAUCCUGAUAUUUUGUGCCGUCUGGAUCACUUUUAUUCCAGCCUAUAUCAGUUCACCAGGAAAGUACACUGUAGCUGUCGAAAUAUUUGCUAUUUUAGCUUCCAGUUUUGGUUUGCUUUUCUGUAUUUUCUUCCCCAAGUGCUAUAUUAUCUUACUAAAACCAGAAAAGAAUACAAAAAAGAGCAUUAUGGCAAAAUGA